ACAUAUGUAUGUACUGUACAUUUCGUCGCGAUAGUCGUCAUCGUCGACAUCGGCGUUGUUUGUGCGCUGAUCUCGAUUCUGGCUUCGAAAGCAACGGAUUCGCCCGUUAAAGCGAGUCACGGGCACAGAUACAGAAUAAAUCAUUCCACGGGGAGCCGAUCUCCCGCCUGCGAACGGGUCGCGUUAGACAGUGGUCAUCGUUACCCUUUAUUUCGAUAUUUCGUAGAGAACAGAGUCGACAAACUCGGCGAUCUGUCGAUAGAGCAGUGAAACAGGCUUUGGUUGUUGCUAACGAAAUAGGGAAACCAUUUCGACGCUCUGCACGCGCGGGCUUUUUUCCUGGAUACGAUUCUACGCGUGUCAGUGCGCCAUAGUUACACCGAGUAUAUUGCCCUAAGAGGAACAGAGAGAGAGAGAGAGAGAGAGAGAGAGAGAGAGAGAGAGAGAGAGACGUGGAAAGGUGGCAGGAACGAGAACGAUAGGGCUACUUGAGAAGAAACGAGACAAGCUACGAUAGUGAAACGGAGCGAGGACGAGAGCGUUAGCAAGGGUCGUGUGCGAAGAGAAGGAAGGGAUCUCCGUCAAAAUGUCGCUGAAAACACCAACGCGGAUACAUUGAUUGCUUUUCGUCGUUUAACAGGGGGUUUCUGUUGAAGCUGAUUAGUUAAAAACACUGGAAAUAUGGUAUCGACUCGUCAGUCUAGUAAUAUGGGAGGAAGUAACGGGGGUGGGCCAGUUGCUGAUGUCGCAGAUGUGAGUCCCUCCAGAAGGCAACAAUCUGUGGCAAUGGAUAGCUCUUAUAGCGGAUCCUCUGUUUCGGAUCCACCUCUCUUUAGCAACUUGAAUCUUCUUGACUUACCAGUUGAAAUUCUCGAGAAGAUUUUCAGCUAUUUGGACUAUAACACUGUAGCUCAUUUACGUCCGGUUUGUCAUCAAAUGGAUCGCGUUUGCGGAUCGAUAUUAAACUCAACAUUUCAGAAGCUUCAGGCACAAAUGUUGAGUCGUUUCCAAGCAAUUAAAGCACAGAUGCCAAGACGCGAAUCCGCACGGCGCAAUCAUCCCUUAGCCUGCGAAUCAGAUAUAAUUGAAACCCUUCACAUGCGACUUACUUUACUUCAAAUGAGUUUUGGCAAGCACAUUGAACGUAAACAUUGUUGUUUUUUUCCUGGCGAGAUUUUAGAUGAGGUUUAUCGCAUUUUACAUUACAUAAAAGUUACCCCAAAAUUAGCAAGACCAUACAAAGUUACAGAUGAAUUAUUUGAUUUAAGUACCAUGGCUAUGGAGUACUUUAAGGAACGCAUCGAACCAACGCUACCAGAAAUUCCUUACUUUGGAGCCGAUUUUCUAGAUAUCGCUGGAACAUUCUCCUCUUCUAGUAACGUGAGCAAACCGUUUAUAUGCCUGGACUCAACGCCUCUGAACGUUGGAAGCGGUAAGGGAGGAAGCAAUAGCGGAGAAGAAGGAUCUCCACCGCAUUCUUCGGACGAUCCUGUUCUCCUAGAGUCCAAUGUAUCGCCUCCACAAUCGAACAUGGUUUUGCGAAAACGUAUUCGCAAAAUCAAACAGGGCAUGAAACGAUACAAUAGUCAGUUAACAUUAAUGCGUAGAGAUUUGAGGAGUUGCAAGGCAAAAAUAGCCGAACAACAAAAACAGAUCGUUGAAUACGCCACGCGUCUCGAUGAUAACGAUAAGAAGAACGAGGAGACCUCGCGUAAAUUUAGCACACUCCUACAGGUAUUUACUAAGGAAUUGAACAAGUGUAAAACGGAGCUCCAGUAUUGGCGAUCCAAAUCACCAGCGAUACCAGUAUGCGUGGUUUGCGGUCAGUCUAUAUUAGUACCGUCGGAGGAUAUACAGGUUCUAACCAAUCAAGGUGUACUACCCGAGACGCUCGAUGAAGGAUUGGACUUCAUUCCUAUAGCAGACGCGCAAAGUCCUACCGAGGUGGCUCCACAGCCAGUAGUUACUCAGCCUUCAUCGCCACCACCCACCGUGGAAAUGGCACCACCGAAGGCACCCGUGCCUUCGCUAUCCACGAAACGGAAAUCCACUACGGAAGAUACACCAAACGACGCCGCAAAGAAACCUCGUCGCGCUACCAAGUCGCGUCAGGUCAAACGUUCAAAGAUCUAAAUUCGAUUCUGAUCAUGGUACAAAAAUAUCUAUCUAACAUCCUUACCGGGUUCUCGAAAGAGGUCUUUCUAUUUAAAGUAAACACACCGUUUCUUUACGCCAGCGAGACGAAUGAUCUUAUAGAAGAGUACAAAAUUCUUUCCUGAACGUCCUGCAAUUUCGCGCAACGAACCUAAUUUUUGAAAAUUGUAGCCACGUCGCUUGUCGCGCGAUGGGAAUCGAUGCGAUUGAUUUUCCUAUUUUUAUUACGGACGGAUUCGUCACGCCACGGUGACAUCUACAAAUAUUCUAAAUGAUAGCUGAUCGUUCGCGUCGUUCGUAAAGUAACACAGAGCAACUUCUUCCGGACCCUUUAAAUUGUUAUUGUUUUUUGCGAUGGUAUACACAAGGAUGAAACGAAAAGCGUUGAGUUUUACGUGAAACGUGUUCGCUUUGUAACGAUAUCUUGCUAUGAAGAUGAAACGUUGUUGACGAUCCGACGAACAGGAAUUCACCUUCUGUAUUCCUUAUAUAGAAACAAUGCACCGAUGUUUUUCUGCUUUCUUUCUUUUCUGAUGUUACGAUAUUUUUAUCUUAAACGUUUUACCCUUAACGGUUUCAUUGAACACCCACCUGGCAAUAUAGGAACAAAUGCAUAAUGCAAUAUUUGAUAGUCACGCGAAGAGGAGGUUCUCUGUAUUGAAGUCACUAUCGAUCAUGUUUGGUGUCUGAAAGUUACGAGAAAAACUUUAGCAAAGUUUUAAGCAAACAAAAAUCUCUGUACGCGAAUGAAUUUUGUUCCAUACAAGCGGAGGGAUGUUAUUGUCUUGGUAGAAAUUUUUCCAUAAAAUUUCGAGUGGACAUUGGAUACGAUUCUAGCAAAUUUUAUUUUGCAGUAUCAAUAAAUAAGUACCUGAGAGGACUGAGUGAGGCUGGUUCGCGCAGGUACUCCAAGUUCAUCAAUAUUCAUAUCAAUUUUCUAAUUUAUCUAAGUCUGCUCAAUCGAAAAUUAUUUCUCAUUCGAAAUGAUCUGUGUAUACCACACUAACGUUAUUAUGAGUUUAGCCAUAAAUUGAAUAGCGAAAGUCGAAAGUUUUUGCGAACUGAAUUACUUUUGCAUAAUGACAUGUGAUAUCGGUUUAUUUUUCUGGAUAUCGACAAGCGAAAUUGUAAUUAAAAGAAAAAAAAAGUAAUUUAAUAGAGCAGCUCACCACGAUGAAAUCAAAACAGUUUUACUGAUAGAAAAUUUUGUGAGCCUUAAAUGUUGCGAUGCUGGGGAGAAAGUGAAUUGUAAACGUGAGCAAAAACAUACUAAAUACCUUGAAUGGUGUUAUUUUGUUUUUAACACGCCAUCCCUUGAAUGCGCGAUUGUCACGCAGGAUGGUGUAUAUUGCAAUAUUAAUAGAGCUAGGAAAUUAUUUAUAGGAUCAAUUAUUUAUAGGAGAAUGAUUGUCAGAUUAUUUAAAAAAAAAAAACGUUUGAAAAACACCGAUUCUUUAAUUUAUCGAUCACGUUGAAUUAAAUUUUAUCAAUUCCACGCCACAUUCGCGAGGGAAAAAUAAAGAAAAAAAAGAGGAACGUAGAAAGCACCGAACGAUUAUUUUAUGAAAUCAAUCGAAAUUUCGCGUUUACUUCGCCUUUGAAAACGGACGGGUUACCCUGCGCGAUGCUCGAUGAUCAGUCUGCUGUGUAGAUUCAAUUAUUUUAUUCGCACCAAUCCUAAUUAAUCUCAAAGAUGCGUAGUUGGAAAUAUUGUGAGUUAUUAUUAUUCAUGAUCUAGUAAUAAAUAUAAAGAAUAACUGAUAAUAAGUAAAUGAUACUUUAUUAUGAAUCUAUAUAUAUAUAUAUAUAUAUGAGAGUGCGGUACUUGCCAGACAGUGCAUACCGCACAAAGCACUUUAGUUUAAACUUUAAUGGAACAAUAAGAAUAUAAUAAUUAAUGAUUAAAUAAUUAUCGAAAUAUAUAUAUAUAUAUAAAUAUAUAUAAUUUUUUAUCGAUGUCAAAAAUUAAUUAGGAAAAGAAGUAAACCUAGCGAGCAAACGUGAAAAAAGAAACGUGUACGUCAUUUAAACACGCAUGUAUGUGAGACAAUUUGAGCGAAAGUAUAAAGGGCGUGUGAUAUACAUACAUAUAUACAUAUAUAUAUAUAUAUGAAAAUACUAAAUUCAAACUUAAUGAGAAUUUACGAUGUGAUGCUUUAUCGAUUUAACUGCGGGAAAGUGACCUUUAUUCAAAUAAAAAAAAUACACGUGGAGGCGUUUCUGGCUACAAAAAAAAAAGGAUAUGUGUGAAUUUUACCUAAUGUUACAUUGAAUAGGAUUGCGGGGGCGGGCGCACACUUAAAUCGCCGUGUCGGAAAUUUCGAAAAUGCUUGCAUUGUAUGCUUAUAUGUCGCGACUAGCGGUACGUUCUGACAGAUUUAAAAAAAAAAAAAAACGGAAAAAAUAGAGGAGGAAGAAAACGAUAAUUUGACGAACAUCGAAUAAAUCGUGCAGAGACUCAACUAAUGGUAUAUUUGAGGCUUUCGAAGCCACAGUUCUUCGUGGUUGAUACUAACUUGGAAUAGCUUAACGGUUCCAGUGUUAAAAGAUGAAAGUAACAUCUAACAUCUCGUAGCUUCUGUUAGUGUGAACCACGAAGACACACACCUGUUCUACACGACUAAUAUAUCUAGGCCCCUGAUGUAACAGUAUCGUAUACAAUCUUUAAAGAGUUGUAUCCACGAAUUAAUAACCGAAUGUACCUAAUUGUAAUUCUACCGAAGCAUGUACUCUCUCGACGAUACGCGUUCGCCAAUUAAUUGUCUUAAAAUAGUUCACAGUCCUCGGCUUUCCGACAUUAUCCGUCCCCGAACGAUACAAAAUGUAGCGUUGUGUACUACGUAUAUGAAUCUACUAAGAUUAAUCGAAUAUAACAAUGAAAUACACAAUUUAGUGGUAGACUAAUUUCCUAAUUAGUAGCGCCGUGGUGUUUGAACGAUCGCGCGAGCACAAAGCGAUUAAUUUUCAAUUUUCGAAUUCGUCACGAAUUAAAUCCGAGGACCAUGUACGUUCGCAGUGUGCGCGUACUAGCAAUUAAUGGUCUCCGGAUCAGGUACACGAUAAGCAAUUACAAAGGAAAGGGGGAUAACCAUGAAUGCGUGUACUUUUGGAAAUUACAGACAGGAGGAAGGAAUACAUAGGAAUAUACAAUUUGCCAGCGUUUACGGCCCGAAACGUCGUAUCGCCGAUGAAUAUGAGUUAUCAUAAAUGGUUUUACAUGUAUUAAAGCGAUUGUAAAUAUAUAUUAUAAUAUAUAUUUUAUAUAUAGUAUAUAUACUCGUGUGUAUAUAUACGUAUAUAUUAUAUAUAUUAUAUUAUAAUAUAAUAGAUACACCUUAUAAUAAACGUAAUUUAA